GAAAACAAAGUGCACCAUUGUUGACUUUCUUAAAAAAACUACACAUGCAUCUGUACAACAAUACUGGAAACAACAAAAGUGUACUUGUGCUACUUAUUAUGAGACUUGAACUAGAAGAACUUUCAACUACACUUUAACCCACCAAUUUACUUUAAUUUACCACACUAGAGUAGUGUUAGGUCAGCUCAGUCUCAAAAAAACAAACUCUACAUCUCAGAAACCAAACGGGAAGACAUGGAGCUCCACGUUGUAAAUACAAAGAGGGGGAAGUCUGCGGAGACAUGAAACAUGAACAGCAAGGCUGUGAAGGUGCUGUUUUUUUCGAAGGGAUUAUUGGUGAAGAUGUUGCAGGAAUGAUGUGCAGCAGGUCUUCGUCACCAUGUUAUCGUGCCGCUGAUAUCUGCGUUGGAUUGCCGCGUAAACUUCGGUGACAAGUUCGGUGCUCAGUCCUGGUUUACAGACAGAAAAAUGAACAGAUAGACAGACAGACAGCCAGUCAGUUAGUCAGAGAGACAGAGCUUGGCUGGGUUCUCGUGAGACGAGCCUCGGAUCCUCCAGAAGCUCGGCGUUGCUUAUAUUUGCCGCCCCUCUACUGUGGCUGAUCCUUGCGUCAUGGCAGGAUGUUCGAAGUCUCGUCUACUUCCACGUGUGUUGCGCCGGUGGUGGCUUUCAGUGUCGUCAACGAAAUCGAGAACUACGGGCUCAGAUCCCCUCUAAUUGCUCCUUUCUAAACUAAAAUAAAAGAAUCCGACUAUGGCCUGUCCACUUCAUUCCGAGUGUGGGUUCCUCCCAACUGUUGCAGAAAGUUUUUCCACCGCUGGGAUUUUGAGUGUGUAGAGGUGAUUGAUAAUUCCUCUCUACUGGUCUAGUUCCACCUAGUAGUUGGUGGUUUCGAACAGAUUCACUUGUCUCGUUACUUUGUGAGAACCCAGCACUGUGAAGAUGAGACCGACGCAUCCGACACCUUCUUGUGUCGCUAACGGCACCGAAUUCACGGACGCUUGACGUAUUUUUCUCUUGAAGGGAAGGGGGAGUUCCAGUUCCAGCAGCACACUGUAGCCAAACGGACCACUUGGCAGCACCAGAGGCGCCGCGACCUUACCAGAACCUCCCCUCUCAUGAUUUCAUGAAACUCCAUUUAUGCAGCUCCGUCCGGCCACGGUGUUGGCUUGGGUUCAGCCAAAACUAGUCCACUUGGUCACUUCUCUAAUCUGAUAACGGUGGUGUAUACAUCGAGUACGUGACAGAUAGAAUCGAAGCAGUGACAUCAGGAUUUCUGCCUGCAUCUUUCUACAAGGCCAGGACGCUUAGAGCUGCUUUUGUGGUAUGGAUCACUUGCUCCUUGCCCAGGCUAAGCAGAUCGUUGAUCAAGGUUGGCGAAGAGUAAGGGACUUGGACUGACACAUUCGUGUCGGGAAUGGCGAGGCGGUGAGGUUUGCGAGUUAAAACGAGGUCGAGAGUGAGGAUCGUGUAGCCUCGACAGCAAGAAUCAGGCCUCUGGAGGGCACUGCUCGCUUGUUUCUCACCGGGCUUUUUGGUGGCAAAGAGCGUGAUUGCAAACGCAGUUUGGGGCGUUCAACUGUGAGCAGUGAGGAGCGAGCAGUGGGCGAAACAGUUGGGAUAGAUUUACAAAGUGAUGUCGCGGUCGGUCGACCCACUGGUGGUGGGGAGGGUCAUCGGUGAUGUGAUUGACAUGUUUGCUCCAAGUGUGGACAUGGCGGUUGUUUACACAUCACGCAAGGUGAGCAAUGGAUGCCAGAUGAAGCCGUCUGCAACCAAUGAGGCACCGACUGUUCAUGUAACAGGCAAUAAUGGAGACAACAAUUUCUUUACUCUGAUAAUGACGGAUCCUGAUGCACCAAGCCCCAGCGAGCCUUCUUUGAGAGAAUGGGUGCACUGGAUUGUGACUGACAUCCCUGGAAAUAGCUCGACCACAACUUCUGUGAUCAGACAGUCUGUGGCAGGCCAGGGGUCCAAACGAGCUCGUGAGCCAGCGUCUUCUGCCAAACAACCUAAUGUUGAGCGCAAAAAGAAAGGUCCAGCCGCAUCAACCACGGACAAGGAGCUCCCGAGUGCGGCGGAUCAAGGCGCCGCUAAACCGAGAACAUCAGGAAAGGAAGUCGUGCCGUAUGUCGGGCCCUGUCCUCCCAUCGGCAUUCACCGCUAUAUUUUUGUGCUAUUCAAGCAACCGACGGGAAAGCCGCUACUUGUGACCGCGCCUUCUGUGCGCAACAACUUCAACACGCGCACUUUCGCUGUGGAGCACGGACUAGGUUUCCCUGUUGCAGCCACAUACUUCAACGCGGCCAAAGAACCAGGUAGUCGCCGUCGCUGAUGAUUCACAAGUUUGUUUAAAAAGAAAAAGAAAAAAUAGUGGGUACCACUCUGAAUGAUCGAAGGAGCAUUCCAGUUUGCAGAGAAUGAGCUAGACUCCGAAGCAGCAACAGGACCACCUUGGGCAUCUCCUGAAGGUAGCCUGGAUCCCCUUGUACAGCACCAGGUUGUUGCCAUUCCUUCCCGCGGCCAACAAUGUAAAUCAAUCGAUUAGGUUCACUGAUACACAGCUUUGUUGCAAUUCUUGUGUUCAACGUUAUUAAACGUGCUGCAGUGUCCGCAGCUUGAUGGGAUUGAUUAGAAUGAGAUCUUCUGAAUCGUUCUUCCAGUGUAGGUCCGUUCAAGCAGGAAUUUCCUCUGUCACAUGCAAUGCGAAGUGCAGAUUCUUUA